GCCCGGGGGUGACCGUGCCCCCACACUUGCCCUCCGCCCAGGGAGAAGUCUGCAACAUGAUCAACAAGAAGUACAACGAGUUCCUGCCCAGCAUGCAGAGCGCCGAGGAGCUGGUGUCCCAGGUGGACGGGCUGUCCAGCAACAUCGACCUGCUGAGAGCGGGCAUUGAAAACGAGGUUCAGCGAGAUCUAAACGUUGCCGUUGCUGAAUUUACCGAAUUGAAGCAGCAGUUGGAGCGAGACACGCUGGUUCUGAGUAUUCUGAAAAAACUACAAGAGUUUGAUACAGCUAUUAAAGAGUAUAACACUGCACUGCUGGAAAAGAAGUAUGUUGCAGCAGCUCAACAACUGGAAAAGGCACGAAGCAACCUGAAAAUGCUGGAAUCCCGCAAGGGCUUCGAGCUGAAGAUCCUGAAAGCGCUCAGCACAGAGCUCACAGUUCAGACACAGAAUAUGCUCUAUCAUCUAGGAGAGGAGUGGCAGAAGUUGACUGUGUGGAAGCUUCCUCCUUCAAAAGAAAGCAGCAGCCUGGAGUCAGUGAUGCAGUCAGAACUGCACUUAUGCACAGUACCGUCAAAAGAGGAGGAGAUUGCUGGCCCACCUGUUGCCUCUGUGCUGCAGGCAUUUGCUGUCUUAGGAGAACUGCACACCAAGCUUAAAACUUUUGGCCAGUUGUUGCUGAAACUCAUCCUCAAGCCACUGAUUUCUUACCCAUCUCUUCGGCCAUUGGUAGAGGAACAGUCAGAUGUGGUCAUCCUGCGUUUUAAAUCUGAGGAGCCUAACUUGGACCAUUCCUCUCCUGUGGAGGUUUUUGACAAGACUAAACUGGUUCUAGAAGUUCUUCACAAAUAUCUGCUGAAUGUGCCUCUUGAGGAGUGUGUGGAAGACAAAAAGGAGUGCAAAGUUACGCUGUCAGAACUACUGGGUGACAUGAUAUGGGAAGAGUUAUCUGACUGCCUCAUUCGGAACUGUCUGGUGAAUUCAAUUCCGACCAAUAGCAGCAAACUAGAGGAGUAUGUAGAGGUGAUUAAAUCCACAGAGGAAUUUGAAAAAGCCUUGAAGAGCAUGCAGUUUUUGAAAGGAGACACAACAGACUUACUGAAGUACGCCCGUAAUGUCAAUUCCCACUUUGCUAACAAGAAAUGCCAGGAUGUUAUUGUGGCAGCCAGAAAGCUGAUGACUUCAGAAAUACACAAUACUGUAAAGAUCACACCUGAUUCCUCUGUAGCCUUACCAAGACUUCCUGAUCCUGGGGCAGGAGAUCACUUAAAAACGCAGAAGACUUCAAAACUUGUGCAUAGCGAGGUGGUGAAUUUGGAGAAUGAGACUAAACUGAGCCAGUACACGUUUUCUCUGCCCACAUGCCGCAUCAGUUCAUCAGUGGAGAAACUAAUGGAGCUGGCUUAUCAGACACUGUUGGAGGCUACAGCCAGCACAGAUCAGUGCUGUAUACAGCUCUUCUACUCCGUGCGGAAUAUAUUCCAGCUGUUUUAUGAUGUAGUGCCAACAUACCACAAAGAGAACCUUCAGAAACUGCCCCAGCUGGCAGCCAUUCAUCACAACAACUGCAUGUACAUUGCUCACCACUUGCUCACUCUGGGACACCAGUUCCGGUACCGCCUGACGAGCAUCCUGUGUGAUGGAACAGCUACUUUUGUAGAUAUGGUACCGGGUUUUAGGAGACUUGGGAUGGAGUGUUUUCUGGCCCAGAUGCGAGUGCAGAAAGGAGAAAUACUGGAGAGGCUGUCAAGUGCCAGGAAUUUUUCCAAUAUGGAUGAUGAGGAAAAUUACUGUGCAGCAAACAGAGCAAUAAGGCAGGUAUUGCACCAGUUGAAAAGACUGGGAAAAGUCUGGCAAGACGUCCUUCCUGUGAAUGUAUACUGCAAGGCUAUGGGGACUUUGCUGAACACAGCCCUCACAGAGAUUGUCACUAGGAUCACUGCCCUAGAGGACAUCUCUGCUGAGGAUGCAGAUAGGCUGUACUCCCUCUGCAGGACCAUGGUGGAAGAAGGGCCCCAAGUUUUCACCCCACUACCUGAAGAGGACAAAAAUAAGAAGUAUCAAGAGGAAGUUCCAGUCUAUGUGCAGAAAUGGAUGACAUUCAAAGAGCUGAUGAUCAUCCUGCAAGCCAACCUCCAGGAAAUAGUAGAUCAGUGGGCGGAUGGGAAAGGACCCCUUGCAGCUGAAUUCUCCCCAGCUGAAGUAAAGAGUCUGAUCCGAGCCUUGUUCCAGAACACAGAAAGGAGAGCAGCAGCACUGGCCAAAAUUAAAUAACGGUGGCAGAAUUACUCUUGGCUUUAUUUCUCAUGGAAAACACCUUAAAACAGACUGAGAAGUUUUUAGUCUCACUUUCCCAGCUGUGGAAGUCAGCUCAGCUCCUUUACUUUUUCACUGUGUAAGAGCUAGGUAGCUCUGGUACCUGCUGUCUUAUCUGCCAGUAUCUUUUCCUGUGCUUGCAGAAGUAGGAGAGAAAUGAAAAUAAAUAUAAUGAGGGAAUGAAAUGUAUAGUCACAGCAUUAUAUGUCACAUUACUAACAGAAGGCUGUGUUGGAUUGAUUUAGUUUAUGAUUUACCCUCUAUCAAGCCUUUUUACAGCAAUGCAUUUGUCACAUAUAGAUUUCCAGACUAAGCAAACCCCUUUCUCUUGAGUAUACCUAUCCUAGCUGAACAAAGGUUUCCUUUGGCAUUAUUUGAAUGAAGUUUACCAUUAUUGAUGUGUCAACAUCCAGCCUUUUCAGGGGCAUAGUGAGAAAAUAAAAGUGUAGUGGUGGUCCAGGGGCUGCUCUGCUCUUGUCACCAUUACUUUACUUGGCCUCUAUCACACUCACAGAGCCUCAUAAAAAUGGAUUUUGAAGCGAUUCAUUUGUUAUUAAGCGAAAUGGCUAAAGAGUACUAGGAAAAGGGGUGGAAAAAUUGUCUUGAUGCCCUGUUUCCCUAUUGUGCAGCUCCAAAAAUUAAAUCAGGCAAACAAGAAUUUAUCCAUACCAAGGCUGCAGAUAAUGAAUACCUGAGUCAGUGGGAGUAAGUGGGGGUGUUUACCUGUAGUCCUGGCUCCAGACUUGGGCUCCUAAGACCAUGCAAAGCAGGGGAAGCCACUGUGUUCUUUUCUUACUCUGGAAAGGCCCAUUUUUGUUUGAUGAGAAAUCUUUACUUUCAUUGGCUUCUGGGAGCACUUGUAAAAGGCCUGAAAAAAAUGCUGCAUAAGGGAUAUUUGUGUGUGUGUGUGUGUGUGUGUGUGUGUGUGUUAAGGAAAGCAUUAGUCGCCAUUACAUCAGAAAAAGUUCAGCUACUGAAAGUUCUUCAGUGCUAUUAAAAAGGGUAAAUUAAGUAUAUUUUUAGUAUGUAUUUUUAUUGUUAAUUCCAUGUAGUAAGCUAUUUCUGUCACUGUUCCACUGGCCUGCCAACAAAAAUAGACAGGUUGGUGUCCCUUCCAGAUGCUCUUGCGUUAGCAAACUGUUUUGCUGUUUUGACUUUGAGAAAGGUAUAGGUUUUAUUUUAACAGAAAAUUUCACCUAUAGCAUUUGUUAAAACAAAGCCCAGUGGCCAAGAUGUGCCAGGUGCUACACACAUGGAGCAAAAUAUUUCCUACCCCGUAGUGCUUACAACCCACUUUAAAAAGUUUUGAUGCCCAAGAGCUUAACAUUUUGAUCUGUGUUCUCUACCAUUGUAGCCUUUUCAUUUGCACUUUUGUCUGACUUCUGUUUGUACUCCCGAGUAUUUCUGUAGUACCUGGAUCACAGCUGGCUUUUGCAUCGCACCUGAGUCAUUGCAGAGCUGCACAGCAGUUCUGCCCGCUGGGCCAGCUGAGCACACCCGCAGCAGGGGCUGGGGAGACCCUUCCGUUCCUGGCUGUAACUCGCACAGGUUGGCAGUCAUGCAAGUCAUGACUGCCUGGGGGCAGUCAUGUUGCCCGUUAGGUUUAGUCCAACGUAUGGGAGUGCAGCAAGGAAGAGAGAUGUGAAAUCGGACUGCCACUUAAAACUCUUGCUUUUUUUUUUUUUUUUUCCCC